CGGUCGGGAGCGCGCGCGGUGUAAGUGCACGAGCUCUGCUGCAGUUUGACAGAGUUUAAAGGAGAAAGAUGGCGAUUUGCGCGACGCUCCGAAGCUUCAGCUCCAACUUGUGUCUGGUUUUUCCCACUUUGUGUAGAUCUGUGGGGCUGCAGGGACUGAGGAGGACGAACAGGGACAGUUCACGGACAUUCUGCACCACAUCCUGGCUUUCUGCAGCUCUCAGGUUUACAGACAAACACGAGUGGGUCCGAGCAGACGGAGACGUCGGUACGGUCGGCAUCAGCGCUUACGCUCAGGAAGCUUUAGGUGACGUGGUGUACUGCGGACUGCCGGAGGUGGGAACACAGCUCCAGGCGAUGGAUGAAUUCGGUGUUUUAGAAAGUGUGAAGGCUGCAAGUGAGCUGUUCUCACCUCUGAGUGGAAAAGUCACAGAAAUCAACACAGAACUGACCGAGACUCCUGGACUAGUCAACUCCUCCUGCUACGAGCGUGGAUGGUUGAUAAAGAUGACGAUAACAAACCCUGCAGAACUGGAAGCCCUUAUGGAUGAAGCUGCUUAUGAAAAAUACAUCAAGUCCCUGGAGUAAUGGAACUAAAUUCCAUAAACGUCUGUCUGUGCUUCGCAUGUAGAUCAGGAUGAAGCAGAACUCAACACGAAGCCAUGUUAAUUAGUUAGGUUUGUUUGAACACUUUUGUUGAGGUUUUAUAAGACUGAAGUCUAUAAAGGUCUUUAAACUCUCCAACAUUUCAGAAAAGAGUUUCAUGUUUUUAAUUCACAUUAAUAAAAAAAUGAAACAAAGCAGAA